AUGGCUCUUGUUUUGAGGUAUGUUGAUAAGAAUGGUGAAGUUGUAGAACGAUUUAUCGGCCUAGUCCAUGUUAGUGAUACAUCGGCAUGCUCAUUGAAGAAAGAAAUUUAUUCUUUACUUUUCGAUCACUCACUAAGUCCAUUCAAAAUACAUGGACAAGGUUAUGAUGGAGCUAGUAAUAUGAAAGGAGAGAUAAAUGAUCUCAAAACUUUAAUUAUGAAAGAUAGUCCUUUGGCAUAUUAUAUUCAUUGUUUUGCACAUCAAUUGCAACUAACACUUGUUGCUAUUGCUAAACAACAUUUGAAAGUUGAAGACUUUUUUUAUCAUGUUACUAAUGUGUUGAAUGUUGUUGGAGGAUCUUUUAAGCAUAGAGAUUUACUUCGUCAUCACCAAGCUGAAAAUUUGAAGCAAUUACUUGAGUCCGGUGAAGCUCAUACCGGACAAGGAUUACAUCAAAAAUGUGGGCUUCAAAGAUCGGGUGAUACUCGUUGGGUAUCACAUUUCAAAACAUUGGAUAAUUUUCUUGUUAUUUUCUCAUCUAUUGUUCAUGUGCUUGAAGUGAUUGAAAUUGAAGGUUCUACCUCAAGUGAUAGAAAUCAAGCGGAAUAUCUUUUGACAAAGCGUAAGUGUUUGGAUGUUUGUUAUUCGGACCAUUUGCGUGUUGAAAUCUUUUGUGCUGUCAUUUAUGUGCAACUUCAAGAGCUUAAUGAUCGCUUUGAUGGAGUGAGUAGUGAUUUGCUUCUUGGGAUGGGUAGCUUGAAUCCUGUCAGCUCUUUCUCUAACUUUGACAAAGAUAGAAACAUGACUUUAGCGAAGUGUUAUCCAAAUAAGUUUGAUGAUGGAAAGCUUCGAGAUUUGAGUUACCAACUUGAUACUUUCAUAAUUCAUAUGCGAGGUGGUAAUUUCAAAUUCUCCAAAUUGCAAGAAAUUCGUGACUUAGCAAAGACAUUAGUUGAGGCAAAUCUCGUGGAGACUUAUUCACUUGUUUAUUUACUUGUGAAGUUGGCUCUAAUUUUAUCCGUUGCUACGACAACUGUGGAAAGAGCAUUCUCUUCCAUGAAGCACAUAAAAAAUGAAGUGCGAAAUAGUAUUGGUGAUCAAUAUUUAAAUGAUUGUUUAGUAUGUUAUAUAGAGCAUGAUUUAUUUGCAAAUGUAAGUAAUGAUGUCAUCGUUGAUCGUUUUCAGAAUAUGAAAACUCGUCGUGGACAAUUGUAA